UUAUUAUUAUUUGUGCAUCCCACUUUCCUCGUGCUCUAUUGUUACGAAAUCCAUCAGUUUUAUCUAAAAUCAGAAUAUCGAGAAACGCAGUUGAUUCAUAAUCCAUGUUUGUAAUAUGAGCCUAAGCCUAAGCAGACACGGGGGAGGAAAACAAGACACGCCGGCAUGUCGGUAGCUCGCCCGUCUAUAGUAAGCCUUUGAGUAUCUCGUUGAGCGAUCAAUUAGAGCAGUUGGCAGAACCUCAACAGCGGUUGAGAUAGUCAGUGGCUACGGAAAUACAACACGAAGUAAUUGAUUUGAUAAGCCUCCGAGUUCCACUAAGGUCUCUCUCCCGUACGUCGGACCCUCGACGUCCUCAGUAACAACACACGACGACUACUGCAGCGGACGUUGUUAGCUGGACAUGGCUUAGGACCGCUACUGGGAGGGAACUAUGGUUGGAGAGCCAAUAGACGGCCACGACUGGGAGACGGAAAGAAUUAAUGUUUGUAAGCUCACUCAACAGCAGAGGCUCUGCUAGAGUAAUUGUACAAGUUUAUUUAGACUCCAUCAUAUUACAACUUGAAGCAAAUGAAAGCAAUCUCACCAUUCGCUUGAGGAAUUGUGAUGAAAUAUUCCUGUAAUCAUUGACCCAAGCCCCGAGGCGAGAAUUGCCCUUGUGUCGAGGAGCCCAGCUGAUCACCAGCAUCAUCAACACGUGGCUGUCCACAUCAACACUACCCCCGGUCACAGCAUGCCGACAGUUAUCGUUUCUGUGAAUUCAUUCGUUCCAAAGGACGCCAGUAAAGAUCAUUCAAAAGGAUAGUUUCGGGAUAUUCCUCUCCGCGAUGGCUAACGUCAGUGGCAACCUCAGCGACAGGGACCAUUACGAUGCGUACGACUACUACGAGUACGAGUAUGACUAUGACGCCAGCGUCAACAACCUCCCUUUAGAAGAGUUUAUCCCUUCAGUUAUUGUCUACUCAAUAACGCUUUUGGUCGGCGUCGUGGGCAACUCUCUCGUCAUCUUCUCCAUCGCUUACUACGGACGACAAAAAAACGUCACCAACGUGUUUCUUUUAAGUCUGGCGUCUGCAGAUUUGUUGCUUGUCACUAUUUGCGUCCCGAUUAAGUUUGCAGCUUUCUUCAGUUUCACGUGGCAGUACGGCGAGUUUAUGUGCAAGUCCGUCCACUACAUACAGAACGUCUCCAUGAUCUGUUCAGUGUGGACCCUUACUACCAUGAGCAUAGAACGAUUCAUUGCAAUUCGGUAUCCCCUGAGAGCAAAAUAUGUGUGCACCAUCACGCAUGCGCGGCUGGUGGCGGUGCUAGUAUGGGUGUUUUCCUUCGUCUUCGCUAUUCCCAUCAUAUUUGGCAGGAUUCACAAAGAAGUUGGGGUCCGCCACAAGGCAUACUGGUGCAUCAAGGAAUGGCACCCGCCCAUGUUCAGCAUCCUGUUUGAGAUGUACAUGUUCAUCAUGAUGUUCUUCGUCCCCAUCUGCUUCAUGGUGGUCGCCUACUCCUUCAUCUGUGUGGAGGUCUGGAAGGUGGCCGGCAUGCGGGCGAGCAUGAGGUCUGGAAGGGUCAUCUCGUCGGCGCCAUGUCAGUUCCGCAGCAAUGGCGUCCGAUGGGAGAACCAUGACGCCACCACCCCGCUCACUAGCCACGGCAUCCACAAACCAAAGAAGACAUUCUCAGAUGACAAUGUGGUCAGAAAGCAGGUCGUCGUGAUGCUGAUGGUCGUGGUCUUGUUGUUCACUGUCUGCUGGGGCCCCAUCAUGUUCAACAACUUGCUCACUGCGUUCGGCGUUCUGGGACAUCACCACAUCGACUGGCUGAGGUUCAUGCGCAUGGCCUUCUGGUUGAUGGCCUACGUCAACAGCUGCGUCAACCCCGUCGUCUACGCCUUCAUGUCAAAGAACUUCAGACAAACCUUCAAAUACGCACUGUGCGCAUGCGUCAAGGGCAAAGCUUUCGUCCGAGCUUAUCGUUUCAGCAGAUCCUUCAACAGCACCAGGACGUCUGUGAUGCAGUCUAAUGGCCGCGUUGUCUAUCCAAACGACAAGAUCAGCAGUGACGUCUCCGUCACCAUGGCUCCUCGAGUUGCGACGUCGUCGGAAUAUAUUGAGUUGGCGAAACUUACAGAGUAAAAAUGAAUAAAUGUGUUGGUGAGGUAAAAGAAAAACAAUUAUUUAACAGAUGAUGAUGAUGAUGAUGAUGAUGAUGAUGAUGAUGGUAUUGAUGAUGAUGAUGAUGAUGAUGAUGAUGAUGAUGAUGAUGAUACUGGAUAACAUUAUUGAAUGAUUCACAGAUUGUAGAAAAUAAAUUUUUCCCCUGAUUUGGGAACGAGACUGGACUGGAUAAGUAGACGGACAGUUUAUUUAUUUAUUUAUUUAUUUAUUUAUUUAUUUAUUUAUUUAUUUAUUUAUUUAUUUAUUUAUUUAUUUAUUUAUUUAUUUAUUAGUUACUUAUCUAUUUGUUAUUUAUUUGUAAUUAACUUUCUUCAGCUAUUAUUUUGUUUUGUAUAUUAUAUUUUCAUGUUUUAUUAUUUCCCUUUUUAAUAAGAUUUAGACUGAUCAAUUGCUGUGUAAUGCGACUCCGCUAGGAUAGGCAUGAUACGGGUAUGUCAUAUUUUCACCGGGUUAAAUGCCUUGAAAGUGUUGUUUCUUUUUCGUUGUCAUUAUAUUAGAGGGGUUGUAGUGCCACACCAUUCUUCUACACACUGAAGACACUUGCACGUGGUGUAUUGCCUGCAUGGCCGCAGGAUCUUGGAAGAACUCAGGUUUGACGAAAUAGAUAUGCUGUGUGACAGACACACGUCCCAGGGCUGCUGCAUCCUCGAUUACCCAGUGUAUCGCAUCUCCGUUAUGUUAUGCUAUAUUCUCUGGACUUAUGCACCACUAUAGCCUCGUUUUGAGUCAGGGUCGCGUGACAUAACACUUACACUCACCGUCCAGUCAAAACAAGCGGCGAAAUCAGUACCCUUUUUGCGGGUCGUCUAAAACAGAAAUUUGAACGUCUGUAGCAUAAAUUAAGACUUCUCUCCCCUUGGAAUGUUCGCUUGGGCGCCAUUUUGAAUGUUAACUACAUUACGUCAGAAUCUAAACACUUGAAAAAUGGAUUUGACCAAUAAAUAGCAAACGUCAUCUAAAACGUUACCAGGCUAAAAAUAGUCGCCGAAACACUGCAAACUUUCCCAAACACCAUCGAAUAACGAAUAACGCUCAUACGAGGCGCAACUUUGAAUGAAGAUAAAUGCCGAGGCGAGGUAAUUUGAUUACUUGUUAAUUACAAGCUCAUGGACGACAAGACUUUUUUCCUAAAGUAAGACUAACUGCGGCAUCACAUCCGAAACGAAAAUUUGGGGCAUAUAUCACAAUAGAAUCUCGAUAUAAUACCCUAGAUAAACGAGGAUGGGGCUGCUGUGAUGUUAAAGAUAUGGAGACGGUGAUGUAACGCUGUGUUUGUGAGGUGAGCACGAUUAGGAGAGAUAGGUUCCAUCAUUGUACACUUGCAGAAUAGACUGGGUGGCUGGUGGCUGUAUUUGCUUUCUCUCUGGUUUGUUUGUUUGUUUGUUUGUUUGUUUUGUUUGUUUGUUGUUAUCGCCGCAUUCAGCAAUAUUCCAGCUAUAUGACGGCGGUCUGUAAAUAAUCGAGUCUGGACCAGACAAUCCAGUGAUUGA